AACGAGCGGCGAGCGGGAGCGCGCGUAUAGGAAGGAAGGGAAGGAAGGAGCUGAGGCAGAUCAGUCGCCAGCGGAGCCCAAGACGGCGGAUGAACGGAGCCGAGCGUGUGUGUCGCCCGUCUCGUUUUUUACAGCAGCUGAAAGCAGCGUCCGGCAGCCCGAAACCUGCCCGAAAAUGAUGCUCAAACUCGUCCAUCUCCUCGGGGUGCUCGUCUGCGGCAGUCAAGCCGCACUGCAGGUGUCCAUUUCCUUGAACAAAGUGGAGUUAAGUGUCGGAGAGUCUAAGUUCUUCAUCUGCACAGCUAUCGGUGAGCCAGUAAGGCUGGAGUGGUACAACCCCCAGGGCGAGCGCAUCAUGCCCUCCAAGCGAAUGUCACUCCACACGGAGACGUCACGAUCCAGGCUCAUCAUUUACAACGCCAUCAUCGAGGACGCGGGUAUCUACCGCUGCCAGGCCACUGACAGCAGCGGCCAUACUGAGGAGGCCUCUGUCGUGCUGGAGAUCUACCAGAGGCUGACGUUUCGGGAUGUUCAGUCACCGCAGGAGUUCCGCCAUGGUGAGACAGCGGAGGUGGUCUGUGAUGUCAUUAGUUCACCGGUUCCCGUGGUGGUGUGGUACUACCAGGACAAAGAGAUCACUGAAGAGCACCACAGCAGGUUCCAGGUGCUGGCAAACAACAACCUACAGAUCCAUCAGGUGACCAAGGCUGACGAGGGUGUGUACCGCUGUGAGGCCAGUGUAGAGGCCCGCGGCGAGAUCGAUUUUGUGGACAUCGCCGUGGUAGUCAACGUCCCUCCAGUGUUGUCUGUGUCCCAGCAGUCCUUCAAUGCCACAGCUGACUACCAGGAAUCAGUCACCUUUACUUGCAUCACCUCUGGAUCUCCUGAUCCUGUGGUCACAUGGCACAGGAAAGGGCAGCAGCUGGAACCAUCAGAGCAAUACAUUCUCAACAGGGUGGAAGGUGGACGUAGCAUGUUGACCAUCAGCAACAUCCGACAGGGCGACGGGGGCACCUAUACCUGCAAGGCCACCAACAAGGCAGGAUCUCAGGAAAGGGAGCUCUUCCUCAAAGUGUUUGUCCAGCCCCAUAUCACCCAGCUGAAAAACGUGACAGCUGUAGAGGGCAGUGCCGCCAUGAUCUCCUGUGUGGCUGACGGCGAGCCUCUGCCCGACAUUUCCUGGAGGAGAGCCAGCGACGGCCAGGCCUUCGUGGACGGAGACAAGAGUCAGGACGGACGUUUUGAAGUCCGUGGUCGUCACGGCAAGUCAGUGUUGACCAUCAGUGGUGUGAGGCUCGCCGACUUGGGUCGAUUUGACUGCGAAGCACUCAGCAGGAUCGGAGGCCAUCAGAAGAGCAUGUUCCUGGACAUUGAGUAUAUACCAAAGUUUCUGACCAACCACACCAUCUUUUACUCGUGGGAGGGGAACCCAGUGAACAUAAGCUGUGAUGUGAUGUCCAACCCUCCUGCCACCAUGUUGUGGAGGAGAGAGCGCUUCACCAUCUCUGCAGAGGGAACUGCCAACACGCGGGUACACAGUGCAGAGGGCAAGUCUGUGCUGGAGGUGACUCCUAUGUCUGACAGGGACUUUGGCCGCUACAACUGCACAGCCAGGAACAACAUUGGAGUUCGAUACCAGGAGUUUAUUCUGGCCCAGGCAGAUGUACCAUCAAAUCCCUACUCAGUGCGUCUCUCAGCUGUUUCCCAGCGCUUGGCGACCGUAACCUUCAUGAAGCCUGACUCGCAUGGUGGCGUGCCCAUUAGCUACUACCUGGUCCAGUACAAGGAGGUUGGCUCACAGGACUGGAGGGACGUCAAGUCACACAGUGUCCAGACGACAGUGGUACUGACAGGGCUGGAGCCCAACACGACGUACGAGGUUCGAGUGGCAGCUGUCAACGGAAAGGGUCAGGGAGAGUUCAGCCACACAGAGACCUUCCAGACUUUACCCAUCCGAGAGCCGAGUCCGCCGGCGGUCCACGGGCAGAGAGGAAUGGGCAAAGCCUACAGGCUGGGGCUGGUCAAGCAGGAUGAUGGAGGGAUGCCCAUUGUGGAAUAUAUAAUCAAGUACAAAACUGAUAAGGAGGAACAGUGGAUGACCAAGCUAGUUCCAGGAGCGAAUGAUUUUGCAAUGCUGCAGCCGCUGCAGUGGAACACAAGAUAUGAAGUGGAAAUCACAGCACGCAACGUCAAGGGCCUGUCGGAGCCCACCUUCUAUCAGUUCUUCAUGCCACAGAAACCUGACAUUACAGCAGAAUCCCUGUUCAGCGGCCUGGGCCUGGGGGCGGUGGUGGGCCUCGGCCUGGGAGCGCUGCUGCUGCUCCUCGUGCUGGUCGACAUCAGCUGCUUCUUCCUGCGUCACUGCGGCCUGCUGAUGUGCAUCACACGCACGCUGUGCAGCAAGAAAACAGCCACCAGCGGCAAGGGCAAAGAGAUAGAGGAGGGCAAGGCCGCCUACCUGUACAUCUACAACAGCCACCCAACUACCCUUUCAGCCACAGAAACUACCGCUGAAGGAAGAAAAUGGAAAAGAGUCUCUCAAGCCAGAUACGAUUGAAAUCAAAGUGCACAGUGACAACAGCAUCCACACAAAGCCCGACGACAGCAAAGCGUAAAAGGGUCGGUCCCCUCGCCAACAAAAGAACAUUCGGAUCACGAGACCAAAACCCAGAGAAACUACAACACUGGAAAAUAGUGGAGUAAAAUACCAUAUCUGUUUAUAACAAUGCCCCAGUGAAAGGCAUGUGUAAAUACAAAUAAUAGGGAGAAAAUAGACAGGAAGAAAGGGUCAACCUUUUAGACACCCUGAGUGAUAAAUGUAUCAUGUUCUUAAAAACAUGGCAUCAGUGGACGGCUGUUGUUGAUCAAUGAUUGUAUUUUAUUUGUCUCACUUUUUGUUUUGUCUGUUUAUAGCUAUUGUUUUUCUGACAAUGCUUUCCUGUUAAUUUUUUGUUUUGUUUUACAGCCCACAUAAGACUUUCAAGCAGUUAAAUGGUGAUAAAUCGCGUCUCCAGCCCCCACUUUGACUUCUUACACAAAGACACAAUCACAAAUGCAAGCAAAACCAGUAUGCUAGUGUGCCCCUAAGCUCACACCGCUAAUUCUCUUGCUCUUUUUUUGUCAGAGCAAAUGCAUGGGCCGACCCACACUGCAGGAUAUCAUAAUUAUUUAAACCCAAUCGCCUGUUUCCAUGCCUGAGUGUAACACUACAGCAACCUUGUUAUGCCUUUAUUAGCCGAGCUAGGUGUCUGGCUAAUGUGAGGCAAAUGCUGAAGCAUUGUGUUUCAAGCUAGCUGGCUUAUGUAACAAAAGGUAAACCACUCUUAAUGAGAUUCUGAGGUUUUAUUGCUUCAGGAAAACGUGACGACAGGUUCUUAUGACAGGCAUUUGUGCCUGGUAACAUUGCAAGGGGGGGAAAUUGUACCAAACAGGACCUAAUUAUUAAAGGAAUUUGGACUUGACAUGUAAUGAAUAAUGUUUUCUGAAGGGCUAUUGUGGAUCUUAGUUUGUGCUGCAGGAAAACAAACAUCAAAAAUUCAAAAACUUGAACAAAAGAUGACAAAAAAGAAAGAACGUGUUGCAGUCUAUGACGUAUACAGUAUAACACCACACAUGUGCAUUGAUGUCAUUGUUAGUAAAGCCUUUUAUAUUGACACUGAAUAUUGUUGACACUCUUCAACUGUCUCAUUGUCUAACAAUGUGUGCAUAAGUAUGUUUUAUUCAUCUGUGUUCAAACUGCAUACGAUAAACAGUACAGUAUACUGUUGCCAGAGGUUAACUGCACUGCAAGCCAAUGUGCGCUUUGGUAUACAACUUGACUAAUAAAAAAAGUGAUGUGUUGGAAGGGGAAGUCCCUACAAAUGCCCUGAAAGGUGUUAUGUAACUAUAGGAAAAGCAGUGAAUGGUAAGACUCAAGGCAUGGGAACAAACGAGUAACGGUAUGCUGACGAGAACUAAAUCAACACGUAUGUUUUUAAUGAUAAACACUGAAUUCUUUAUUCAUUCCUGUCUCAGAUCUGCCUCAGAUGCAUAACCUUUUUUUGUUUCUUGGUCUGAUCACUAUUCUCUCUGAUGUUGUCAUGUGUUGUACAUAGGUAAAAAAAAAAGAAUAUUUUACAGAGCUUUUAUGUAAAUAUACCCUAAAGGAUGUGUCUUUUUUCAAAAUGCAACAGGCUUGGCUUUUUUUUGUAAACACCCCUCAGUUGAAAAAGCUGGGGUUUUUCUUUUCUUCUGUUGUGUUUUGGUCCAAAGUUCAGUGAUGGUGUAAUGUUGCUUUUUCUAGUCAUUUGCUUUCCCUUAAGAAAACCCAUGCCCUAAGGCUAUUUCACAGCAUUUCAAUGGAGACAGUAAGUACGGCAUUAGUGUGCCUUCUCUUUCUUUUUUCCUCACCCUUGUGGCCCGAUGCCGCUGCAGCAGUGUAGACCAUCAAAUUAAUUUUUGAUUGCUGCUUUUUUGCCACAGAAUGUGUCAGACGUUUGAAUUUUAUUGUGAUGCUGUGAAUUCUGGGAAAUAUAGUCUUAGGAUUGUAGGUUGUGGUUGACGACACUGGACAGAAACAGACGUGUAUAACUACGUAGUACAACUAGAUGUCAGGUUGAUGCUGUAACUCUUGAGUACAAAGUACAGUGAUGGGCUGCAGAAAUCUGGUUUAAAUCAGAAUCACUUUAUGCAGUGUAAUGCAUUAUCACGUGUGUGUGUGUGUGUGUGUGUGUGUGUGUGUGUGUGUGUGUGUGUGUGUGUGUGUGUGUGUGUGUGUGUGCAUACAUGCAUGGGUGGGUGAAUAUACUUGUCUACAUGAAUCAGGUUGCAUGUAUGCCUGUUGAAUGUAUCUGCACGCACUGUAAGUCGUCUGUAUAUGUUUGUGAGCGUGUGUGUGUGUGCGCCCAUUUAGAUUUUUCACAAUAAGAGUCUCCCGAUUUCAAAAAUUAUCCUAAAUUAAAGAGUUAAGAAGUCAACAUCUUGCUAUUCCAGCAUUUAAUUUGUUAUAUAAUUUAUUUGUUAAUUUUGUUAACUAUUUAUAUUAGAUUAAAGUGUAUUAUUGAGUACACUUUUCAGCUCCAUGAUGCAUUGUGCAGCUCUGCAAGUCACAUAGGUUUUGACCACAAGUAUGAAUGUCCAAGUGCUGUGAAUGUGUAGAGGGAGUUGGGGAGAGCUCUCACGCUGAGUUUCAGAGUGCGCUCUGAUAGGUAAAACCUGAUUAUGUAGUUCUCGACAGUGAUUAAUUCCCCAGGCUGCAGCACUUCACACAUGUGUCUGCGAGGCCCCCCCUGCUGCCGCCCCCUCGCCACUGUUCCCUGCCUCUCAGACUCCAUUGGUUUUUAUCUCAAACCUCAUAGCGCUGGCUUUGUUUUCUUACAGUGAGCCCUUGUACCUGCAUAUCUCAAAUGGAUGGUCCUGCCAUGAAGUGGUUCCGCCGCCUAUUACGAUGACUGUAAAUAUGGGAGCACAGUGCCUGGAGGCUAUACGAUUUGUACAUGUUCUUUUGUAUUUGAAUAUGAAUAAAUAUCCAACCCCCCUGCCUUCUUAUCCUCUCCUUUCCCCCUCUCACCCUCCCUUCCUUCCUGUCUCCUCCACCAUGCCUCGGUCCUUUUUCUGUAGGGGGUAAAACAGGUGUGUUUGAGCUCAGUGUACAGUAUGUGUCCUCUUUGUCCCCAUGCCCCCUGUGUCCCUUGGACUGUCCCCGCUGAGUGUGCUUUGUGCAGGAGGUGGGUACUAUUGAUGUCUCUCUGUACGUACCUGUGGAACACUUGUGACUCCUGUCAUUUGCCGCUGUAAAUAAACAUGUCCUGGUAGAAGAGAGUGA